ACGCCCCCUUCCCCUCCGGAAACUACUGGUUAACUUGGAGUCUCCCGCCUGCCUGGUACUUGGAGGCUGCGCGGCAGAGGGAGCACGUGGAGCGGAGCGCAGGGAGGACCCGGGGGACGGGAUGGCAGAUAUGGAUACAACAAUGGAUUCUGUGGACUAUCUUGAACAGCCACAACCAGCAGAUCUUAGUGUCUGUUCCUCAAAAAGAGUGACGGAGCUCGACCCCCAUGCUGCCAAAUACCAGCACUGUAAAGACAAGGAUGAGCCGCAGUCGGAGGACAUAGAAGAUGUAGGACCCCGAAGAGAGGACAACGGUGCAGAGGAAAAGGUAAAGGUAAAAAAUGAAUCUGCUGAGGCGGCAGCACCUGAGCAGUCAGAAGGCAUUGAUUUAUCCUAUGGAUAUGAUGGAGCCGCGUGUGCGUCCUACAACAGCAUCCAGCUGGAACGACAUAACACAUCAUACGAUCUCAACAGAAACAACCUGGGAAAGCUGUACUGUGACAUCUGUGGACUGGCGUGCAACAGCCUCAAUGUUUUACUAGUGCACAAUAGAAGCCAUACUGGGGAACGGCCUUACCAUUGCAAUCAAUGUGGGGCUUCAUUUACCCAGAAGGGGAACCUGCUCCGCCAUGGCAAACUGCAUACCGGAGAAAAACCUUUCAAAUGCCACUUGUGCAGCUAUGCCUGCCAAAGAAGAGACGCCUUGUCUGGACACCUCCGCACACAUUCAGUGGAAAAACCCUUCAAAUGUGAAUUCUGUGGCCGCAGCUACAAACAGCGGAGCUCUCUGGAAGAACACAAGGACCGAUGCCGUAUUUAUCUGCAAAACAUUACCGGGUCUGCCAUAGAAGAACCCAAACAAAUGAAACCGGAAAUUGGAAGCGAUCGGGCACUGGUACUGGACCGACUAGCCAGCAAUGUUGCAAAAAGGAAAAGCUCCAUGCCCCAAAAAUUUAUUGAAGACAAGCAGCAAUGUUUUGAAGUUCCCUACAACAGUCUCUUGUAUGACAAAGAUCACGAUCUGGUUGCUCAAAGGAUGCUGGAGCAGAAUAUAGGUCCAAUGGCCUACUUUGGUCCAGGGGUUCUACGUCCUGUAAUUCACACUCCGUCCACUCCCUCUGUAGAAAUGGUGCCUGUUAUUAGCAGCAUUUACCCACUGCCACUCACACAUGUUGAUAUCCCCAAUGGUCACUUGCCCCCUCAACCUCUCAGGGAAAAGAAGCCAGUUCGAGAACAUGGCCUAUCCCCAGGCACCAAUGCUCAUGACUCAACUGACACAGAAAGCAGCCACGAAGAAAGACCACCUUAUCCACCCAACCGAAAUGCUACUGCAGUGCAGACAAACAGUGGACUUCAACCACCCAAGGAGCAUGCUAGGUUCUCUGAGCUCCUGAAACAUACAGGGCUAUCUCAGCGUGACCUUCUGGAGCUGUUAAGCAAAGACGGGUUCCCAAUGGGGGUCUACCGUUGUGACCACUGUUAUGUCUUCUUUCUGGAUUACGUCAUGUUCACCAUCCACAUGGGAUGCCAUGGAUUUCGAGACCCCUUUGAAUGCAAUAUGUGUGGACAUCAAAGCCAGGACCGUUAUGAGUUCUCGUCUCAUAUUGCACGUGGUGAACACCGACUUUGAAGUAGCCCGUUUUAUUCGUUGUUCUAUGAUCAUGUUGAAUCAAUAAUCCAUAUAUAUAUAAAUAUAAAUGAAGAGUAUGUAGUAAUACGGGCUCCUUAAAAGCUUUCAUGGGACUGACUGCAUUUUUUUUUACAUUACUAUUUAAAUCCAUUGCUGUGUUAAAGCCUUAAAGGGGUACUCUGCUGCUCAGCAUUUGGAACAAACUGUUCCAAACGCUGGAGAAGGGUGCUGGUGACAUCAAUGCCCCGCCCCCUCAUGCA